AUGGUUAAAGAUAGGUAUAGAGUAGAGGAACCAAACUUUGAAGCGCAGAAAUUUUAUGAUAUGUUAGAUGCAGCAAAACAACCGUUAUAUGAUGGUUGUAGAGAUGGUAUUUCACCUCUUUCAGCUGCAACAAGGAUGAUGUCUAUUAAAACAGAUUAUAACUUAAGCGAAGAUUGUGUUGAUGCGAUAGCUGGUUUUGUGAAAGAUAUAUUGCCGGAAGAUAACCUUUCACCAGCUACCUAUUAUGAGAUACAAAACUUAGUUUCAGGGUUGGGUUUGCCCUAUCAAAUGAUAGAUGUUUGCAUCGACAACUGUAUGCUAUACUGGAGAAGGGAUGUUGAUCGUACUAGUUGUCGAUUUUGUCACAAACCACGGUUUCAAAAAACAAGUCGAAAGACUAAAAUCCCAUAUAAGAGAAUGUGGUACUUGCCAAUAACAGACCGACUAAAGAGGUUAUACCAAUCCAAACAUACCGCCGAUGCUAUGAGAUGGCAUGGUGAACACAACAGCAAUGGAGAAAUUGCUCAUCCAUCAGACGCGAAAGCCUGGCAACAUUUUCAGUCAGUGUAUCAUAGUUUUGCAUCUGAGAGAAGAAAUGUUUACCUUGGAUUAAGUACGGAUGGAUUCAACCCGUUCGGAAGCCAUGGGAGACAAUAUUCUCUUUGGCCAGUUAUUGUAACACCAUACAAUUUACCUCCAUCAUUGUGCAUGAAACGAGAGUUUCUCUUUCUCACAAUUCUAGUUCCUGGUCCUGCACAUCCUAAAAGAUCCCUUGAUGUCUAUUUGCAACCAUUGAUUCAUGAGUUGAAAAUGCUAUGGGCCGAAGGAGUUGAAGUGUAUGAUAUAUCUGCUAGGCAGAAUUUUAUAAUGCGUGCAGUGCUUAUGUGGACCAUAAGUGACUUUCCCGCAUACGGAAUACGAUAUCUACCCCACGACCAUCCGUAUCGAAAAAGCACUACUUUGUUUACUAAGAACAAAAAGGUGUUUGAUGGUCCGCCACCAGAAAUAGAUGGAAAAUCUAUCCUGACUGAACUCAGAGAUUUUGGUGUGGAAUCGACAGCUAAAUGUGGGGGAAAUGGGCAUGAUCCAGUUUAUGGAUAUGGCGAACAUCACAACUGGCACAAGAAAAGUAUUUUUUGGAAGUUGCCGUAUUGGGAGAACCAUCUACUUAGGCAUAAUUUAGAUGUGAUGCAUAUAGAGAAGAAUAUAUUUGACAACAUCAUGAAUACCAUUCUCAAUGUCAAGGGAAAGACGAAAGACAACCUGAAGUCCAUAUUAGACUUGCCAGAUAUAUGUGCCCGGGAAUCUCUCCACGUGGAUGGGAGAGGAAGACUUCCAAUGCCUAUUUAUCGGUUAGAUGCAGCUGCAAAGCAAGAGUUCUUCGACUGGAUUAUAGAUAGCGUCAAAUUCCCAGAUGGAUAUGCGUCAAAUCUAAGGAACUGUGUUAAUCGCGAAGAAGGAAAGUUUUCUGGUUUGAAAAGUCAUGAUUGUCAUGUCAUGAUGCAGCGUCUUCUCCCAUUUUGCUUCGCUGGUCUUCUUCCAAAACAUGUACAUGAAGCAAUUGCAGGAAUAGCAGCUUUCUUUCGAGAUUUGUGCUCGAGAUCAUUAACAGCAGAUGGAAUUAGAAACUUGAAAGAAAUGAUUCCGAUAAUCCAAUGCAAUGUCCAGAAGAUUUUUCCACCUUCCUUUUUUGAUGUUAUGGAGCAUCUUCCAAUCCAUCUCGCUCGAGAAGCAGAACUUGGGGGCCCGGUUCAAUAUCGAUGGAUGAUUUACAUGGAGCAAAUAAGGGGUGCAUAUCCUAAUUACACUGAAGAUCAGCUUUCUGCACUAAAAGAAAACGAGUUUGUAAAUUGGCUAAAAUUCUAUGUAAGGUUUCUCUUGUCUAGAGGAGAUCCUAUUCAGCCAUGGUUAGAGGAGUUGGCCCUUGGUCCCAAAUUUGUUGCUGUGUCGUACCCGAUGUAUUGCACGCGUGGAUAUGCUUUUAAGAUUUUCAGCGAAAACACUACGCAGCCAACUAUAAAUCAUGGUAUAUCUGCUAGAUCUGGCGAAGUAAUCUACUAUGGUAUUUUGCGUGAGAUAUUGGAGAUUCACUAUCCGGGGAUCCUUAAUUUGAGGUGUGUUGCCUUCUUUGCUGAUUGGUACAACCCGAUCGUUGGAUAUGGUGUACGAAUUGACGAGUUUGGAGUAACAUCAGUUCAUUCCAGAAGAAGUCUUGCAAACUAUGAUCCGUUCAUUCUGGCUUCACAAGCUGAUCAAAAAUUGGAAGGAGUUUCGGAUACGGCUGCGAUGCAACAAUCCUCGAGCAGUGCCAUAGGUGAUCUUCAUGUUGAUGGAAGCGAAAUCGAUCUUGUUGUUGAUUUUACUGGUGUAGGUGACAACGAAGUAUUCUCAGAUUCGGAGUCGGAGAAAGGAGAAUUCAACGAAGACUCGGUUUCUUCAGAAUAUUCAUCAAAUUCGGAUUAA